AUGUUUGGUUUGGGUAAAUUAUUUUACGUCAUAGUGUUGACUAUCAAUGGAAUAGCUGUCUUAAGUGAAGACAGAUUUUUGAAUAGAAUAGGAUGGGGAUCAACGACGACUUCAUCUUCUGCCAAUGCCAACUUGCAAAACCAAUUUAAUCAAUUCAAUACUGGGUUGGAAAGUAGUGAAGGGUCAAUCAAGACGAAGUUGAUCAACCUAAUAAGUGCGGUGCGCACAUUAUUGAGGAUACCGUUGAUUGCUAUAAACAUAUUAAUUAUCUUGUACGAAAUUGUGUUGGGUUAA